CUAUGCAAUUUCAUUCGGACUAAUUAACUCAGUCGACCUCGAAUUACCGAAUUGCGUUAUACCCUAUUAAAACUAGCACACGGUAAGCGAUAAGGCUUACAGUGACGAGGCCCACUCAACUGGAGCUUUUGGGAACGCGCCGUGACUAUUGCGACAGCUAACCGUAACUCAAAUCAACACUGUCUUCAGUCAUUAUUUCAACAGUCUCUAUUUCAAUAAAUGCUGGUCACACUUCGCGUACGACAAUAGAGAUGCGCUGACUAAACAAACUACAAACCGAAACCAAAAAUGUCAUCCGGAAAGGGUGUAUCCGAAUUCCCAAGCUUGGAAGCUAAGCUGCAAAAACCGACCAAGCAGUCCGCUUUCGAGAAGCAAAAGGCAGAAGCUGAAGCCAAGCGACUACGAGAGGAAGCAGAAACUGCCGCCGUAUACAAUGAAUUCGUCAAAAGUUUCGACCGCGAUGACGAUUACGAUGGGCACAGCGCACCCAGCUCUUCAGGGCCCUCACGCCCGCGACAUGGAUUUGGAGGCCCGCCACCACCUUCGGGACCAGGGAGACGGCAUUUUGGGACAUCGGGAUUGAAGAGCGGACCAGGAAGCUUGGGACCUCCGCCAUCCUCGUUCGCUAAAAAGCGAUCUUUCCAGGAUUUUGCGCGGCCGUCGCGGGAUAAGGGAGUCCUGGGCUAUGACGAGGGAGCCAGUGGCGGUGGGCCGAUCCCAGCAGCGAGAGCUUUCAAUACCAGUGAUGAUGAGGAUAUGGUCGGUGUGACGGAUAGGGCAGAAGAGAAGGCUAUAGCGAAACCUACGCUGCGACUGUCGAACAUUCCUCCAGGGACUUCCCCAGCCACGAUCAAGGCCCUGAUUCCGGACAAUCUGACAGUUGAGAAUGUCAAAAUCACACCUUCGAGCAGCUCUGGGAACUUGGAAAGAAAGCAUGCCGUUUCGAUUGUCACAUUAUCCCAGGAGACACCCGCGAACGAGAUCGAUGCGGCUGUCAAUGCGCUACAGAACCGAUAUCUAGGUUAUGGAUAUUACCUAUCUCUCCAUCGCCAUCUUUCGUCAGCCGUCGCGAGUUCGGCUGCGUUGCCAAAUAUUGGCUCUUCAGCAACAUCACAUCCCUUUGGUGCGAAACCUGUUGAGCAACCAUCAGGACCACAGAACCCGCACACGCAGCAUGGAUUCAAUAGCAGAUUUGCGCCCCCAACUUCCUAUGGACCUCCUGGUGCAGGCGUUAAUCGGUCGGCCCUGUUACAUGUGCCAGUCAAACCGCCCACGGAUGUAAAAACUAUUCAACUAAUUAGCAAGGUUAUCGAGGGAGUUCUUGCGCAUGGCCCAGAAUUUGAGGCGCUGCUAAUGUCACGGCCCGAGGUCCAAAGGGAAGAAAAAUGGGCAUGGAUAUGGGAUGCAAGAAGUCAAGGCGGCAUAUGGUAUCGAUGGAGACUAUGGGAGGUAAUUACGGGUUCACAGCAAUCAAGGCAAACGGGAAAAUAUGUUCCCCUUUUUGAUGGUUCGCACGCAUGGAAGGCCCCAGAGAAGAACCUCAAGUUUGAGUACACGACUAAGCUGGAUGAAUUCGUGUCGGACUCAGAGUACAACUCCUCGGACGAGGAGGAUUUUGAGGACGACAAUAAAAGGGAAAAUCCAGAUGCCGAGUCCGAAAAGGCGUUCCUCAACCCGCUGGAGAAAGCCAAGCUAACGCAUCUCCUUGCACGACUACCGACGUCGAUGUCGAGGUUAAGAAAGGGCGAUGUCGCGAGAGUGACGAGCUUUGCGAUCACCCAUGCCAGUCGAGGAGUUGACGAGGUCGUAGCGAUGAUCACAUUCAAUGUCGAGAAGCCAUUUGCUCUUACUGGCGCAAACCCUGACAAGAAGUCCGAGAGUAAAGAAUUACAAACAGGCGCCCCCGAAGAGGCGCCAAGUAACGAGGGCCCUGAUAUUAGUGGUGCUAGCCUGGUGGGAUUGUAUGUCGUCAGUGAUAUCCUGUCGUCUUCAUCGACAAGCGGCGUGCGGCACGCCUGGCGUUUUCGGCAGCUGUUCGAGACAUCACUGAAAGACCGGAAGACGUUCGAGACACUGGGCCUCAUGGCGGAGCGACUCAAGUGGGGACGUCUACGUGCAGAGAAGUGGAAGCGUAGCAUUCACCUUGUUCUGAAUCUCUGGGAGGGGUGGUGCGUCUUCCCUGUUGAGAGUCAGGAACUAUUUGUUCGAAGCUUUGAGAGCCCGCCGUCGCUGGUUGCCGCCGAGAGAGAGGAUAGCGAAGAGAAGAAGGGCAAGUGGAAGACGGUGGAGGAUGGACAAUUACGUGCGCUACCAGUUUCGACCAUGGAGGAGGAGGAUGACGUUCAGGGUGAGGCAAUCGAUGAGGAUGAUGUGAUUGGAGAGCCGAUCGAAGAGGAGGAUAUCGAGGGAGAACCUAUUGACGAGGAUGACAUUGAGGGAGAGCCCAUCGACGAAGACGAUGUGGUUGGAGAACCAAUGGAUGAAGACGAGGCUGUGGGGGAUGAGUUGCCACCAGCACCUACAGAUCAACCUACAAUCGGCACUGAGAACAAGACCCAAGAAGAACCACCUCAAGCCGGCCAGCCUCGAAGGCGGAUGCGAGCAGUGGAUAUGUUUGCUGAUUCAGACGACUCGGACAAGGGCGUAUAGAGAUAGGCGAAGUUCAAUGAUACCAAUUUGUAAUGGAUUAGACGUACCGUUCCGUCUGCAAGAUGGCGCCAUCCAACGGCGUGAGACCAAAGCGCACCAAAGAGUAGGAUGUGAUCUCUAGCCUGUGUGCGACCGCUGGAUUCUUGAAGAUCACUUGAGUUGGAUCCAAUAUCAAGGCCGGAAUGCCAAGGAUG